CUACAGUCGGACUGUUGAGUAAUCAAACGAUAUGGAGGAACUGACGCAGCGAAGCCUUAAUUCCACUUCACUUCGAGAGUUAGUUGAGAAGAUUGAGGGUGUUCUGGAACUUGAAAGUGGAGUGAGUUUUGAAUCUCCUAGUUCACAUGUGGAGUUUCUUGUUUCCCAACUUGUUCAGAAGUUUAUAGAGACUGAGGAAUUAGCUAAUCUCCUCAGAAAACAGUUAGAGGCCAAGGAGAAUGAGUUGAUGGAGAUUCAGGAGAGUUUACUGCACCAUAAAACUGAAAUAGGUGGUCUCAGGGAAAAUUUAACCCAGGCAGAGGAGUCCCUUGUGGCUGUACGAUCUGAGUUACAAGAUAAAUCUGAUGAACUUGAACAAUCAGAGCAGAGGUUAUUAUCGACUCGAGAGAAGCUUAGCAUAGCUGUUACUAAAGGAAAAGGUUUGAUUGUUCAACGUGACAAUGUCAAGCAAGCGUUGGCCGAAACCUCCUCUAAACUGCAGAAGUGCUCAGAAGAAUUGAAUUUGAAGGAUGCAAGGCUUGUGGAAGUUGAAGAAAAACUUAAGACCUAUAUUGAGGCAGGUGAACGUGUGGAAGCAUUAGAAUCUGAGCUUUCAUACAUCCGAAACUCAGCUACUGCACUGCGAGAAUCUUUUCUUCUCAAAGACUCUCUGCUUCACAGAAUUGAAGAAAUUUUGGAAGAUUUGGAUCUCCCAGAGCAUUUUCAUGCUCGAGAUAUAUUGGAAAAGGUGGAGUGGUUAGCAAGAUCAGCUAACGGCAACUCUAUGCGUCCCUCUGAUUGGGAUCAGAAGAGUUCUGAUGGAGGUGCAGGAUUUGUUCUAUCAGAGCCGUGGAGGGAGGAUGUACAAACUAACACAAGUUCUGAGGAUGAAUUAAGGAUCAAGUUUGAGGAGCUCAAAGGGAAGUUUUAUGGAUUGGCUGAACAGAAUGAAAUGCUGGAGCAGUCCUUGAUGGAAAGGAAUACCUUGGUUCAGAGAUGGGAAAAAAUCCUAGAAAAUAUUGAUAUACCUCCACAGCUACAGUCCAUGGAAGUGGAAAACAAGAUUGAAUGGCUUGCAAGUACAAUUACAGAGGCUACACAUGACAGGGAUAAUCUCCUACAGAAGAUUGAUAACCUUGAAGUCUAUUGUCAAUCACUAACUGCUGAUUUGGAAGUCUCACGAAAGCAAGUAAGUGAUGUCGAGGCAAAUCUACAAUCGUGUGUUAGUGAGAGGGUGAAUCUUUCUGAAAGACUGGAAAGUUUGAUUGGCGAUCAUGAAAGUCUUUCUGCAAGGGGCAUUCACCUUGAAGUUGAGAAUGAGAAACUGCAGAAUCAAGUGAAAGAUUUGCAUGAAAAAUUGGUUGAGAAACUUGGGAAUGAAGAACAUCUUCAGACUAUUGAAGGAGACUUAUUAAGUUUGAGGUACAUGAUUAAUGAUGUUAUACAGGAAGAUGGCUUGCAGGAUUUGGCUUUAGCAAGUAAUUCUGAGAACUUGGAUGGACUACUGAGAAAACUGAUAGACUAUUAUAAGAAUUUGGUGAAAUCUAGUUUGCCACUUGAAACCAAUGACAACGUCUGUGAAACUCGCCCAUCAGAUGCUGAUGUUAGAAGCGGAGAGCCAUCUGGCGCACAUGAAGCAACUUCUCAUGGGCACCAUUUUGAAUUGUCUGAUUCUAAUAUAGAUGAAGCAACAAGUAGAGACAUAGCAGUCGUAGAGACACCUGAUGUAGCUUCCCUAACAAAAGAUCUGGAUCAGGCAGUGCAUGUUCAAAAGCUGACAAGGGAAGAAAGAGAUUUGUACAUGGCAAAACAACAAUCCUUGGUUGCUGAAAAUGAGGCACUUGAUAAGAAAAUAAUAGAACUGCAGGAGUUUCUUAAACAAGAAGAGCAGAAGUCAGCUUCUGCAAGGGAGAAGUUAAAUGUAGCUGUUAGGAAAGGGAAAGCUUUGGUCCAGCAAAGGGAUAGCCUGAAGCAAACUAUUGAAGAGAUGAACGCUGAGCUUGGUCGCCUGAAAUCGGAGAUUAUCAACAGAGAUGAAAAGCUCUUGGAAAAUGAAAGUAAAUUUAGGGAGUUGGAAUCUUAUUCUGUGAGGGUAGAAUCCCUAGAGUCUGAGUGCCAAUUGUUGAAAAUCCAUUCGCAAGAAACAGAAUAUCUUUUGCAGGAAAGAAGUGGUACAUUGAGCAUGACGUUGAAUGCUUUAAAUAGCAUUGAUAUUGGUGUUGAAGGUGACAUGAAUGACCCAGUCAUGAAGCUUCAACGGAUCUCACAACUGUUUCAAACUAUGGGUACAGCCGUGUCUUCUGCUGAGCAGGAGUCGAGAAAAUCUAGAAGAGCAGCUGAGUUGCUACUUGCUGAGUUGAACGAAGUUCAGGAGAGAAACGAUAGUCUGCAAGAGGAUCUAUCAAAAUUUACAUAUGAAAUCCAGCAACUUUCCAGAGAGAAGGAUGCAGCGGAGGCUGCAAAAGUUGAAGCCAUAUCUCGUUUUGAAAAUUUAUCAGCAGUCAGCAACGAAGAAAAGAAUAAGCUAUAUGCUCAACUGCUGUUAUGUCGAACCAGUGUGAACUCUCUAAGGAAAAUACUCGCAGGUACCAACAGUUGCCUAGCUGAUAUAUUCACCAUGGAUAUGGAGUUUCUGCAUCAUCUGAAGACAAAUAUGGAAUCAUAUGCGAAGCAAACUGGUACUAAUUUGUCUGGCUUGCCUCAACUCAGUACAGGUUUUUUUGUAGACAAGGAUUUCUUUGCACGCUUGAGUGCUGCUUGGUCUAACAUUAACUUGCAUGAGACAUCAAGUGGUGGAAACAUAACCGAAAUUUGUGGUUCUCUCUCCCAAAACCUUGAUCAAUUUGUGGCUGGUGUUAGCCAUCUCGAAGAGAAUGUAAGCAAGCACUUGGCCACAUGGCACGACCAGGUCAAUAUUGUAUCCAACAGUAUCGACACCUUUUUCAAGUCAAUUGGAACAGGAACGGACUCUGAAAUUGCCGCUCUUGGUGAAAGAAUUGCCUUGCUUCAUGGAGCAUGUUCUAGCGUGUUGGUGGAAAUCGAAAGGCGUAAAGCUGAAAUUGUUGGAAAUGACGAUUUUAAUAUGAGUCUCCACCAAGUAGAUGAGGAUUUUUCGUCCAUGGAAUCUGUCAGGUCCAUGGUAAAUAGGCUAUCGUCAGCUAUUAAGGAGCUUGUUGUUGCGAACGCUGAGACUGUAGAGAGAAAUGAAAAGGAGAUGAAGGUAAUCAUCGCCAAUUUGCAAAGGGAGUUACACGAAAAGGACAUCCAGAAUGAUAGGAUGUGCAAUGAACUUGUGGGUCAAGUUAAGGAAGCCCAGGCUGGUGCUAAAAUCUUUGCGGAAGAUCUUCAAUCUGUAAGUGCCCGAAUGCGUGAUAUGCAAGACCAGCUGGGUAUUAUGGUGCGGGAACGGGAUUCUAUGAAGGAGAGAGUAAAAGAGCUGCUAGCAGGGCAGUCGUCACACUCAGAAUUACAGGAGAAGGUCACAUCUCUUAGUGAUCUACUAGCUGCGAAAGACUUAGAAAUUGAGGCCUUAAUGCAAGCGCUUGACGAGGAAGAGUCUCAGAUGGAGGAUCUGAAACUCAGAGUUACAGAAUUAGAACAGGAAGUGCAACAGAAGAACCUAGACUUGCAGAGAGCUGAAGCUUCUCGUGGGAAGAUUUCCAAAAAGCUAUCAAUUACUGUCGAUAAAUUCGAUGAGCUCCAUCAUCUCUCUGAAAAUCUUCUCUCUGAAAUAGAGAAACUUCAACAGCAAGUGCAAGAUCGGGAUACAGAGGUUUCUUUCUUAAGACAAGAAGUCACUAGGUGCACCAAUGAGGCUCUUGCUGCUUCUCAGAUGGGCACUAAGAGAGAUUCAGAAGAGAUGGAAACUGUACUGUCUCUGUUCGACACGAUAGCUUCACUACUUGGUAUAGAAGAUUCGCCUUCCACUGAUUCUCACAGUCAUAUAAACCACUACAUGGAGACAUUUGAGAAAAGGAUAGCGUCUAUGCUAUCUGAAAUAGACGAAUUACGGUUGGUUGGACAAAGCAAGGACGAGUUGCUUGAAGCUGAGAGGAGUAGAGUGGCAGAGCUCAGACAGAAAGAAGCAACUCUUGAGAAAUUCUUACUAGAGAAAGAAUCCCAACCAAAUAUGUCAACAAGCUCAACGUCAGAGAUCGUUGAAGUGGAACCUCUGAUAAACAAGUGGACGAAAACAUCAAUCCCAUCUCAAGUCCGGAGUUUGCGUAAGGGAAAUAUGGAUCAAGUCGCCAUUAGUAUAGAUGCAGAUCAAACUGAUCAAAGCGGUAGCUUAGAAGAAGAUGAUGAUAAAGCUCAUGGUUUCAGAUCACUCUCAACGUCAAGAAUCAUACCUAGAUUCACAAGACCCCUCACUAACAUGGUUGAUGGUUUAUGGGUCUCUUGUGAUCGGACGCUCAUGAGACAACCUGCCUUACGGUUAGGGAUAAUGAUUUACUGGGCGAUAUUGCAUGCUCUUUUGGCUGCUUUCGUGGUCUGACCAAACUUCCAAUAUCCUGGUUAUAGCAUGGGCUCAUCAAAGUGGUGUGUUGUCUCCAACAUUAUGUUUUUUUUUUAUUCAUUGUUUAGAUUUUCUUAACCAAGCAAAUUGUGGUUUCAGCAUUUUUAUUGAUCCAAAUCACAAACUGCUUGGCUUUACAAACGAAUAAGAAAAGGAAGUUUAUUUAGUAGCUGUAGAAUGAAAGUGAUUAACUAGAGAGGCUUUAAGUUGUAUUUUUUUUGCUUUUUUCCU